AUGGCGCUUCGUCCUUCCACUGCUCCACAGCGUGUCCCACUGCCGUCUCCUCCUACGUCCUCUCUUCCUACUCUUGCUGACCCGGAGUCAGACUCCCUUCGUGCUGCCAGUCCUACUGUCACGCGUCUCCUGGCUACUGUUGUCACUGACCCUUUCUUUGAUUCCGCUGCUGCGUCUGCCUUAGUUGCUGAGCUUGUCGACUUUGCUGCCACCUGUCGUCUAGACUACGCCGCUAGCCUAGUUGCUGAGUCUGAGUCUGUCUGUCCUCCGUCCGUCGGGGGUGAGUGUGCUCUUGGCACUGACGUCCUUGAGGACACGCAGGAGGAACAUCCCGACCCCACGCUCUUACGCAGAGGCGAUGGCCGGUCCUUACUCCUCUCAGUGGCAGACAACCAUGGACACAGAGAUGGCUUCCAGAAGUCCACAGGCACCUACGUCGACGAGGUUCCCCCGCCUGGGGCGAACAUCGUCAGUGGCAUGUGGAUUUUCAGGGUGAAGCGGCCGCCGGGCUCUCCGCCUGUCUUCAAGGCGCGUUACGUUGCACGAGGCUUCAGUCAGCGAGAGGGAGUUGACUUCUUCCAGACCUUCUCCCCGACCCCGAAGAUGACCACUCUUCGGAUUCUGCUGCACGUCGCCGCUCAGCGUGACUACGAGCUCCACUCUCUUGACUUCAGCACUGCUUUCCUAGAGGGCAGCCGGCACGAGGAGAUCUGGCUGCGCCGCCCACCUGGCUUCACUGGGUCGUUCCCUCCUGGUACCCAAUGGAGCCUCCGACGGCCAGUCUACGGUCUCCGCCAGGCGCCACGUGAGUGGCACGUCACACUGAGGACUACACUUGCGGCUUUUGGGUUCGCGCCUUCUACUGCUGACCCGUCGCUGUUUCUACGCACCGACACCUCACUGCCGCCGUUCUACAUCCUCGUGUACGUCGACGACUUGGUCUUUGCCACUGCUGACACUGCGGCACUCGCCCACGUGAAGUCGGAGCUGCAGAAGAGACACACGUGCACAGACCUGGCUCUGCCUUCGGAUGAGUCCGUAGAGCCGAGUGGCCCGUAUCCAGAGCUUGUGGGUUGCUUCAUGUACCUGAUGACCUGCACUCGACCUGACCUUGCAUACCCUCUUAGCAUUCUUGCACGCUAUGUCGCUCCCGGCCGUCACCGGAAGGAGCACAUGGAUGCAGCUAAGAGGGUGUUGCGCUACUUGUGCAGUACGUCGGGCAUGGGGCUAGUGCUUGGAGGGCGAGACCCAGUUGUUCUUACUGGGCACUCAGACGCUUCUUGGGCAGACGACCAGGCUACUCAGCGGUCGUCUCAGGGUUACACCUUCAGUCUUGGCUCUGGUUCAGUUUCUUGGCGUUCUACUCACUCUUCUUCUGUUCUCAGCUCCAGUUGUGAGGCUGAGAUCUACGCCAUAGCCAUGGCGGCCCAGGAGCUACGCUGGCUCACCUUCUUGCUGACCGACCUUGGAGAGCGGCCUCGUUCUCCUCCAGUGCUGUACGUCGACAACAAGGCAGCCAUUGCCUUGUGUCAGGAGCACAGACUGGAGCAUAGAACAAAGCACAUUGCUCUGCGCUACUUCCUUGCUCGAGAGCUGCAGCAGCGCGGUCAGCUUCGUCUGCGUUACGUGGCCUCUGAGGCCAACACUGCUGAUGUGUUCACCAAGGCGCUUUAG